AUGGAAGAGGUUGGAAGGCCGGAAGAGCUGAUGAUCAAUCGAGCCACAAGGCUUUGGAAGGACACAGGCGACAUUGCAAGCGCUCUUGGGUAUCUAGCGGUUUUCUGGUCCACCGUCGUGCUCCUCGGUGGCUUCGUCGGUGAUCUGCUGCUCAAGGAGUUCUGGGUUCUCACUGCACUCAGCAUCAUCAUGUCAUUGAAGAUGAUUAAAUUUGGUAUCUACGAGGUUGGUACAAAUGUUUACAUGGAAGAAAUUUAUAUUAUCACUGAUAUUCUCCGCCGACGGAAACGGACUGAGGAGCGCAAGUAUUCUGUUAUCUUUAUUGUGCUGAGUGUGAUGCUUGUAGUGAAGCGGGUUUUCUUGUGUCUUUUAGCUUUGGUCUAUCUUGUUUCCCCAGUUGUGAACCUGGGGGUUUCAGUGUGGCGUCUUGUAAGACGAGAUUAUGGUGAUGCGGGUGGAGAUAUCCCCAAUAGAGCAAAACUGAUGGCCGCACUGGACAUCUUCUAUGCUCUAAUUCUGUUGCAGAGUUUAUUCGCCUUCUACUUUUUAGUUAUUGACUCCUAUCUUGGAUAUAGCAUGAAAUCGAUGAACAAACACACUGGAUUAUUUGAAGAAUGGGGUUCAAAAGUAAUUGGUAUGUAUCAACGUGAAACAGAAAGGAAAUUAAAAGAGAGCAGGGAGCUGCCAGGCAAUUGGAACUUGAUUGCAUACGGUGUUGAGUUGCUCCAGUCUGCAUCUGAGGAUGACCGUCUAUGGGGAGCAAGGGUAUUAGACAGCUUGUGCUUGUUUGAUAAGGAGCUACUAUCUGUAAGGGGGGAGCUACUAUCCUCCAGGCUCUCUAUUAAGAACCUGAUCGGCAUGAUUGGUCUGAGAAGCACAGAUAAGAUCGAGAACAAAGAGCGUGCCACGAGGAUUGUUGCUCAUCUUGCCAGUGACCUCCAUAUAACACACCUCCCAGGUACACUACAAUGCAUUUAUUCCCUACUUGAAUGUUGUAAGCAAUAUGGUGAGCCACUAGUUAUUCGUCCAUUGGAGAAUCCUCAACAGGGACUUCCUCAUCCUGAUACAAAGGAUCAGCAUGGGUCACUGGAAACACCCGAGCAUCAAGGUGAUUUCCUCAUAGUGUCGAUGCCAAACAAAACUGACCAUAGAUAUGAACAAGUCAUUAGUUCAUUACCUACCUGGUUAGUCAAGAAAGCAACAACAAUGUUAGGUAAAUUAAUCAAGAAAUUAUAUGAGUUGACGGAACCUCCUAAGCCCUACAGCCACCCCUAUAAAACUAUAGGAACCAAAGAGCUGAUUGCACAUGGCCUGAUGAUUCUUGAGGGGCUCACACAAGAUCAAGUAAACUGUACAGAGAUAAUCAAACACCAAUUGCUACUCUCUGAGAUCACAUCACCACUGAGAAGGCAUGACUUUCUCAGCAAUGUGCGAGACUGCAGAAUGGUUGAAAUUCUGAGCAGAUCACUCACUGUGGUGAGCAGGCUGCUUGGCAGUCUUGGAGACGGUGCCACAAGUCUACGCCAGGAGUUGGUGAGUAACACGGAAGCUAUCAGCAAUCUGAUGGGUAUUUUGGAAACUGACAGCAAAGGCGCCCAAAAACUGCAUGAUAAAGCCAUUGAGAUCUUGACAGAGUUAGCCUUUGAUGGUUCUUUCCAAAAACUAGAUUUCAACAAGCUUUUCGAUGCUCUGCUAUGCAUCUUCCUUGAUGAAGAGACCAGCAAUACUAUAGCAGAACAAGCAGAAAAAGAUAAAGCCACCAAACUGAGGGUAAAAGCAGGGGAAGCACUGGCCACAUUGCUUCCUGUUUGCUCUACAAGAUAUGCUAAUGUUGCUGAUAUACUUCCCGAGCAAGAGGCAAUCAACCUAUUGACCAAGGUGCUUGAUCAAAUAGUAUCUAGUAAAAUGGGAACUACUGCAGUUGAAGCCAAAGGGGAUUCUACAAGCAAUGAAAAGCAAUCCGAGGAAGAAAAAUGUUUGGCAGCCAUGUUAUCCCUGGCCGUAGUGAUAUGCAAUGAAAAUGUGAUCAAUAAAGAAGAUUCUGUUGAUGCCAGCCCUAAAGAUGCAUCGCUGGUGAAGAAGCUCAAGGAGAUACUUGAAUCAAACAAGCGCAGAUCGGCUGAGUGUUUGAUGAUAGUGAAGCUCAUCUGCCAGGUGGUCAUAGCCAUGACUAAAGUAAAGCACAGCUGUAUCGAACAGUUCAAUGAACAUAAUUUCACAGAAGCACUUACAAAGGCGUUGGAAACCAUGUCGGAGGUUGAUGACUGCACGCUCUUUACUGGGAAUGACCGUGAGGUGAUCAAGCCUGCCAGAUCUCUCUCUUGUCUUGUGAAGGAAGCACAGGAACUCCUGCAGACAGCAUAA